UUAUACACAGUGUGCCGUGGCUGAGUAUUGGAGAGGGACAAGACACAGAGUUGUUCUGGGACUAUUUGACUGUUAAGGAAUACGAUUUCGCCACCAUCACCAUGGGAACAGUUGGAUCAAAACCAGGAAAGCAGAAACAGAGCACAGGGGAUUCAACAAAGAAGGGUUAUGACUCAACUGCAGAGCAAGAAAACCCUUUACAGACAGAAACUCAUCUCAAACUAUCUCCAAAGAAAGAAAUAUUUCAAGCACGCUCACAUGAAGUGGAUGUUACUCUGGAUAUGGACACAGCUCACCCUAAGCUGAAGAUAGAUGGGAAAUCACUACAGUGGACUAAUGAAUCACCACAGAGAAAAGUUGACAUUGAGAAUUGUUUUAAUGAUGAGCCUUUUGUGUUGGGAAAUAUUGGAAGUCCUUUGAAGACUUACUGGGAGGUGAACGUAAAGGAGAAGGAUGACUGGGUGCUUGGCGUUGCCAAGGCAACAGCUAACAGGAAGGGGACGUUGGUUUUCAGUCCAAGUAAUGGCUUCUGGGUAAUCAGACUAUCCAAUGGAAAAAGACUUAAAGCCAUGGAGGAUGAAGAACAUGUUCUUGAGAAAGGUAUUCCAGAUAAAGUCGGCAUCUAUCUAGAUUAUCAGGAAAGGAAGGUGACUUUCUUUAGUACAGAAGAAGGCUCGCUCAUCUACUCAUUUAUCAAUGGACCAAGUUAUCAGGAUGAUAUCCGUCCACUUUUCUCACCCUGGAACAAUGAUGCAAAACCAAUCACAAUUUUGUCCAACACGGCAACAUAGAAAAACAUAAAUGAUUGCAUUCCCUGUCUGUCAAUAUCAUGUCGUGGUUGAAAGCUAUGCGAAUAAUUUUUGAUUAAGUCAUAUCCAGAAUUGUGGAUGACUUUCUAUGAUAAUUUACUGUCAUCUAACCAGGCAUCAACGUUGUGUCCAUAUCCUUUACUAA